UGUCACACACAACACAUAACUUGCCAAACUAUUUCCUAUCCUAGUUCCUCCACUGUAUGUAUAUAUCGGGCCUCAGAGUCCAGCAAAGGCUCUCAGCACAGUUUCCAGCCGAACAAAGCAAUACCAUUAUACCACAAUAUGUCGCCUUCCAAGCUCAUAAUUCCUUUCUUCCUCUUGUUAAUUCUCUUCCUUCAACUGUGUCCCUCGCCUUCGGUGGCCGAUAUCAUAGCCGAUACAUGCGAAAGAUGCAGCAAUAGCAAUCCAAAGGUGAACUACACCCUGUGCGUUACAUCGCUUUCGGAGAAGCCCGAGAGCAGUGAGGCAGACGUCCACGAGCUUGCAACGAUUUCAGCUAAGUUGGUCAGAUCAGGUGUGGUGAGCAUGGAAUCCAAGAUGACUGAGCUAAGCAGGAACGAAACGGAGGGGUCUCCCAGAAGGUCCUGUUUGGAGGCAUGCGUGGCAGUGUUCCACAACUCAUUGUACGACCUCGACAACUCGAUUGGAGCGAUCGAGGAGAGAAGGUACGCUGAUGCAAAGACGUUGAUGAGCGCCACCAUUGAUGCACCAGUAACUUGUGAGGAUGAGUUUGAGGAACAGGGCUUGGAGCCACCGAUGAAAGAGGAGAGUAAACACUUAUUUCAACAGGCCGUCAUCUCCCUUGCCAUUAUUUCCCUCCUGUGA